AUGUCUGAGCAGGGUAGUAAGAGCAAGCCGAUUCAGCACUAUGGUCGUGGAGGUGCAGGCAAUGUUGCGCCUAAACGGGACACGGCUUCGCCGGCACCCGAGCCUCUGACAACGCCAACUCUCAAAUCCAAGAUGUACAGCACCGGCCGAGGCGGGACCGGCAACAUGGCCAAGAACGAUUUCGGCGACGAGGCACGCACGGCGCAAGAUGUUGACGUGCCGGGAAUCACUCUGCCUGAAAACACUCACCACACUGGGCGAGGCGGCGCUGCCAACCUGUAUACUCCGACAGGAUCGGAGGCACUGGACGCCAAAACCAACAACGAGCGAGUCCGGCGGACCUCGUUUCAGCGGGGUAAAGAUCGAGCUGAAGAGUCCAUCAAAGGGCUGGCCGACAAGGCCAAGGCAGCUGUCAAAGGUGGUAGAGAUAGCAAUGAGGAAGCCACCUCGUGA